AUGUUUCCUACAACUAAGCUUUUCCAUGUGGCUAAUUCUGUGUCCGAUCACAGCAUGCUGAUUCUCAAGAAUGAAAAACCAAUCGGACGGCGGAAAAAGAGGACAAAGCUGUUUAGAUUUGAGUCGAUGUGGCUGAGGGACGAACGGUGCUUUAGGUUGGUCACUGAUGCUUGGGAAAAAGGCAAACAGAUUUCCGAGUUGCAAAGAAAGCUUCAGUUGUUGGAGAAUAUGAGGGGUGGUGACUCGACCUUAGAGGACAUUCAUGCCAUAAAGGAGUUGAAUAGGUGGCUGUAUAUGGAGGAGGAUAUGUGGCACCAACGGUCCCGAAAUAAUUGGCUGAGUGUAGGUGAUAAAAACACCACCUUUUUCCACACAAAGGCUUCUAACCAGUGGCAAAGAAACUCCAUAAAUAGGGUUCUGGAUUCUAAUAACACUUGGCAGGAGGAUGAGGAACAAAUUGGCAAGACCUUUGUUAAUUAUUAUGAACAACAGUUUUUAUCCUCGCGGCCAGUAGUGGAGGAGGCGCUACUUGAGGCCAUUCACACAAAAGUCACUGAUAGGAUGAAUGCUUCCUUGCUUAGAAACUUUAAUGCACAGGAGGUGGAGAAGGCUCUACAACAGAUGCACCCCUUAAAAGCGCCUGGACUCGAUAUGAGAAUUAAUGGACAUCCUUGCGGUAAGAUACAACCAACCUGGGGGCUGAGGCAAGGAGACCCACCGUCUCCUUAUCUCUUCCUCAUUUGUGUAGAGGGCCUUUCUGCACUCUUACAGAAUGCUGUCCAACAGAAGAAGCUUAAAGGGGUGGCUGCCUCAACAAAGGGACCCAAAGUUUCGCACCUUUUUUUCGCCGAUGACAGCAUUAUUUUUAGACGGGCAACAAGGGAGGAUGCAAUUAAGAUUCAGCGAUUGCUACAGGUCUACAAAGCCUCUUCGGGCCAACAGUUAAAUAAAAACAAGACUUCACUCUUUUUUAGCCCCAACAUGGAUGAUGGUAUAAGAGAAGAUGUGAAAACCAUGUUCGAAGCCUAA